AAGACAGCAGCCUUUCUAGAUUGUUUAUGUCAGUGUCAUUGCAGUUAAUGGUCAGCAGCCUUCACAUGACAUCUCACCCCUGCAUUCCCUUGCAGUUGGCAGCAACACACUCCAGCAGUAAACCACUUUUAUCCUCUAUGGUGUUUACUAGAAACCUCCAGCCUCCCCCUACCUCUCUGCUGCUGGGAUGUCACCACUAUCUUGAGUGGGCAGCAUCUGGGUAUGUGGGAUUGAAAACAGAGCCAGAGGUUACUGGCUGAACUUGGCUUGUGACAGACUUAGUGGGAGGGCCCUGACCCGGGAGGGCGACUCAUCUUCCAAAUCUCGCCACUGAGAUCUGUGAGGUGUCACAUCCUAAAAUAGCCUGACAGAGAGUAUAAAGGAUCCACAGGGAGGCCUGGUCUUCAGAGGAACAGCAUCACAGUUGACACACUAGACAGACAGCAGGAGAGCCACACUGAGAGGAACUACUUGAUCUCUCUGCAGGAAGAAAGAAGAAUCUGCUCUCAUUUUUAACCUAAUUGUUGUAAUCUUGUUGCUGGAAUUCACCAGUUUUUCUGCAAGAACUAAGAAGUCUGACCAGGAUGAAGUACUACGAGUGCCCCGUUUCCAAGACCAUGAGAAUCAAGGCUUACACUGAGGACUGUGGCGUCCCAGUCAGCUGCAAGAGCUCCUCUUCUUCUCUGAAGCCCAUCCGCAAUGUGCACUUCCCCAAUGACAUCGUUUUCCAGGACUAUGUCCGACACGGCGAGUUGGAGAGGAUUGGACUUUUCAUCCGAGCCAGAAGAGUCAGCCUGGACACCAUCUAUCACUCUGGCAUGGCUGCCAUCCACGAGGCCGUCCUGUCCGGGAACCUGGAGUGUGUGAAGCUGCUGGUCAACUACGGAGCAGAUAUCCACCAGAGAGACGAGGAGGGAUGGACCCCACUGCACAUGGCCUGCAGCGACGGCUUCCCACAUAUUGCACGCUACCUUCUCUCACUGGGCGCUGACCCUGAGCUCGAGAACGACUGCGGGGAGAGGCCAGCUGACCUCAUCGACCCGGAGAACCAGGAGCUGCUGGAGCUCUUCGGCGUAGCUGUCGAUGACUGAGAACACCUGGCUUUUGAAGCCACACACUCAUUUCAAACCUACUGCCCAGUUGACUGUUUCUGACUGCAGACAUGGACAGAAAAGGCCACGUCAAUCCAGCAUCCUGAUUUUGUGAGCGGCCUCAUUUCUGGAGGUCGAGGACUGUGGAUGUCUGGCGGAAGGAGGGCUGGCAGAGCUGGUUGAGUGGAGUUGUCUCCAGCUUAACAGAUUUACAGCCUCAGAUCUUUUUUACACUGCAGUGAAUUGAAUGAAACAUUUGAUUUUCAGCUGUUGAUUUUAUGUGGCAUGUCGCUGGAAUUAGGAGGACUUCUGUAUGUUGUGAAACUUGAAACUGUUGCUGCUCAGGUCAUUAGCACCUCUGUAUGAGGUCAGGCAAAGUGUAAACAGGUUUGUGUUGACCAGCUUAUUAGCAAAUUUGCUUACAGUCAAUCAGAAGUUAUAAACCCAGUGUUUUUUUUAUUCUUGCCUCCUGAUAACAUUUAGGUAUCUGUAUUAAUUUGUUGUUUGUAUAUUAUUUUUAUACUGUUUUUUUAAAAAUAAAGUUAUUAG